CGCGACGCGCCGCGUGGUUCCGCGGACAGUGCGGGCGGAUGGAGGUCAGUGUGGCCGCUUGCGGUGUACAUCCCGUGCCGCGGGGAAAACGGGCCACUUAGCGGCUUUAGGGUUGCUUGCUAGGAGCAUACCUCCCUGCUCCUGCGGGCCAACAUGGCAGCCCGCCUGGUGAAGCGAUGCAUGUGCCUGUGGCAAGAAGCUACUCGCCUGGUCCCUGCUGUGGCUCCAGUUGGCCAACUGAGACUUGCUGGAGUGCCCCAUAAGACUGUGACCUUUUCAGCCACUUCCCACAGUUCCCACUCCCCAGGUUCCUUGACAGAGCUAGUAGAGAGGGAGCAGGUCUUUACUCCUUACCCAGAGAAACAAGAGCUGGACGACCUCAUCGAGAAGGCCGCUGGGCCAGAGGAGCUCCUGGAGCUACUGCAUGGUGGUCACAGCCUGCAUCACAACCACGCAGCCCUCAUACUCAUCAGGCUCUCUCGCCUGCUGUCUGAUAAGCCAAGAGAAAAGGCCCUGCUCGUGCAGGAUGCCCGCUUCCAGCAACUUCUCCAUUUGGUCAACAGCCAGAUAACCUCAGUCUGGCAUGGGACCCUUGUGAAACUGCUGAGGAGCCUGUACACACUGGCGCUCCCCAAGACCUCCAAGGAACUGCAGUCAGUGGAGCAGGAGGUUCGCUGGCGCCUGCGGAGGCUCAGGUACAAGCACUUGGCCCUCCUGGCCGAGUCCUGUGCCUCCAUGCAGGAGCAGCACUCCCAGGAACUGCUGGCUGAGCUGCUGGUGCACCUGGAGAGGCGCUGGACAGAGAUUGAAGACGGCCGCACAGUGGUGGCUGUCAUGAUGAAGGCAGGGCACCUCUCAGAGCCACUGAUGAACCGCCUGGAAGAUAAGUGUCUGGAGCUGGUGGAACAGUUUGGCCCUGACGAGCUGCGGAAGGUGCUGGUGACACUGGCAGCUCAGAGCCGGCGGUCGGUGCCACUUUUGCGGGCCAUCUCCUACCACCUGGUACAGAAGCCCUUCCUGCUGACGAAAGGCAUGCUCCUGGACCUGGCCUACGCUUAUGGCAAACUCAGCUUUCACCAAACCCAGGUGUCCCAGCGCCUGGCUGCUGACCUGCUGUCCCUCAUACACAGCCUGACACCCAGCGAGGUGGCCCGCUGUGCCAAGUCCUUUGCCUUCCUCAAGUGGCUCAACUUACCCCUGUUUGAAGCCUUUGCCCAGCACCUCCUGAACAGAGCCCAAGAUGCCACCCUGGCUCACGUGUGCAGCAUGCUUCUGGCCUUUGCCCGUCUGAACUUCCGUCCAGAACAUGAGGAUCAGUUCUUCAGCUUGGUGCACGAGCGGCUAGAGCCAGCACUGGAGAGCCUGGAGCCAGCCCUUCAGGUGGACCUGGUGUGGGCACUGUGUGUGCUGCAGCAGGUACGGGAGGCAGAGCUGCAAGCCGUCCUCCACCCUGGAUUUCACAUGCGAUUUCUAGGACUGUCUCCAAAGGACCAGAGCACCUUCCAGAAGCUGCUCCAUAUCAACACCACCGCCCAGCUGGAGCACCCUGAAUACAAGGGCCCCCUCUUGCCAUCCCCAGCUGUGGCCCCCAGUCCCCUCGCCCCUGACAGGAAGGCAACCCCCCUGCAAAAGGACCUACAAGAGGCGCUGAAGGCACUGCUCGGGGGUUCUGACCGGGGCCGGCUCGAGGUGGCCACGCAGUACGGCUGGGUGCUGGAUGCAGAGGUGCUGCUGGACGCUGAUGGCCAGUUUCUGCCCCUGAGGAACUUUGUUGCACCUCACCUUGUCCAGCCAGUUGGGAGCCAGCCACUGCCUCCAGGGGCUAAGAGGGUUGCCUUCCUGCGCUGGGAGUUCCCCAACUUCAACAGCCGAAGCAAGGACUUGUUGGGCCACUUUGUCCUUGCCCGGCGUCACAUUCUGGCUGCUGGCUUCCUGGUGGUGGAUGUCCCGUACUACGAGUGGCUGGAUCUCAAGUCUGAAUGGCAGAAGGGGGCCUACCUCAAGGAUAAGCUGCGCAAGGUGGUGGCCGAGGAGCUGGCCAAGUGACUGCAGCAGUGUAGGCUGCAGGCAAGUGGUGUUCCCCCCUGAGGAGCACCAGGCAGCUUCCAGGCUUGGUCACCCUCAUACCUCCCCAUCUGCUUUAGAAGGCAGAGCUCUUUGGGGCUCUGUCCUGUGAGUCCCAACCCCCACCAAAGGACAGUUGUGGCAAGAGCUGUCUUGUGCCUGUCUGUCCCAGCUUUUCCUAGGGACGCUUUCUGUCAUGUGCACAUCCCUACUCACUUCCCUAUUGCCACAGGCUUGUGACAGCCUCUAUAGACAAGUGGAGUCCUGCGAUUUUAGUCUCCAGGGAAGCGGACCGCGCUCUGAGUACAUGGCCAGGUUCUGAUCCAGCUGUGGUUACUCAGUCCCAUCUUGGAAGGCCCCUUCUUCCUUGUCUCACAACAAGUUAACUGUAGGGUCCCUGAUGGCCUCUUGUGGCAGGUGGUGUAGGGCUGCCUAGGCACUUGGAAGGCCCUGGCUCUGGGAGAAGACUCACUCGGCUGACACCAGAGGGUCCAGAGCAGACUGCUACUGUCAAGACCACCAUGACCAGAGCCUUGUGCUGCUGUCUCAAAAACUGCUCACAUGGGGCUCUGGGCCUGCUCGGUGCACUGCCUCCCAGCCUGAGAGACCACCUCCCCACCCCACCUGCCUCAGAGUCCAGGAGGUGGGGGCAGAGGAAGCUGCUUCCCUCUUACCUGGGCUCAGGCCGAAUCUACUCCUCUGCCUGAAGCCUGGCACCCUCCAGUCCCUGCCUAGCACUGGGCCAGGGGCGCAGGGGGCUGGUUACCACAGAGUGGUCCCUAGCCCUGUGGAGGGGACAACGGCUAGUGCCUUCCAGGGGAGGGCAGAGCAUUCCAAACAGAAGCAGUUGCCAAGUGCCUGACGUGGUACAUGGUGCGGGCAGCACAAAGGCUGAGCUGCUGGGGCCCGCUGGGCUGUUUGCCUCUAAGUGAAUAAAGGUUUGUCCUGUUCACCUGGGACCGCUGACUUUUAUUUUAAAUAACGGGUCACCAUGCGGUAAAAUAUGCAGCACUCUCAAUGGUAAAACUGCCCUCAGUGCUAAUGGGAGGGCAGGACAUUCCCAUCACCCACCAGCACCAGUCCCCAUUGCUCUUGUCACCCUAGGAAUGCAUCUAAAGAAAUGAGUUCUCAAGACCUUUAAUCUAGUGGCAUGGCUUUGGCCCCAUGUGUACUCAGCCAUCUAAACCAUCUGCUGCUUCCCAACUUGGGGCCAUUCCACAUACAAAGUCUGUCCAGACUUGGAAGUUUCACUUACCUGGAA